AUGAAGGUUCUCAGUGCGCACAUUCUCUGUUCGGUAUUGCUGCUGCUCCCGAGUACCAAUGCCUUCUCUUCAGACCUCUUAAAGCGGGCCUUGAAGUUUGAUCCAUCGUGUACCACCAAGUAUGGCACGCUUACCGCAAAGCAGCUUCUCGAUAAGAGUAUCGACAUGCAGCCUAGCAUAGCUAAAGCCGGAAAGGACGGUCUGGACACAGUCAUCGCCAUGCUCGAAUAUCAGAGCAAGGCACCUGGUGUUAAAAAGCCUUCUGUCAGCAAAGACGAGCUCAACAAGAUCAUCGCCACCUACCGGGUUCUAUUUGGAGACAUCAAGACUAAGAACAGCAAUGGAACAACGAAUCUCAACUUUGAGAAGGAGGUAAAGGAGCACCUCACUGCCAUCAAGGUGACCAGAGAUUCCCUAGCCCGGAUGACCAGGACUGAAAAACCCGAUCUAAUUAUUCACUGUAACGAUGACUGGCUGAGUGAGAGGCAGCCGAAGGGUGCAAAACCCAUGCCUACCGAUCCCUUGAAAACAGGCGUCAAGUACAUUUACGACAUGGAUCGGAAGAUUUGGAUCAGGCUCAAGGGUGGAAAGCCGUGUCAGGGCGACAAAGCUAUAGCGGUAAAGGUGAACGAAGUAGUCGAUGGCGCUCGCGAGACGGGCCUUGGACGGAUCACAAUAUGUAAAGGGUAUCUGAAGCGGCAGCAGCAGCUUGAAAAAGAUAAGCAGCCUCAUCUUUGGGACAUCUCUAAGUCCACGCUUCCAAGUACUUUCACGACAUAUACGCAAGCUGGCAAGAAGGAUCAAGUUCUCCCCUUUCACAUCUCGGCUUUUGACAAGACAAUUGGAGCGAAAUGGUUCCAUGAAUUUAUGCACACUCAGUUCUUCCAUACUACUCGUAAGGAGUUCGCGGAUCAGAAAGUUCCAGAUGCUAACGGUGGCACUGGGGUUAAAGCGUCUGGGUUCAAUGGCGCAGUUGGCCUAGCAAAGCAGAACGGAGGCAAGAACAUUAGAGUAUCGUCUCGUAACAUCGACACAAUCCUGUACUGGUCGUUGGCUAUGUACUACAACAAAUGGCUAUGGAGUACCGGAAAGCCCGAGGACCCAAGCAGCUUGACCGCUGCACCAGUGAAGGCUAGGAACAUCGAUGAAAGGUUCCAAGUCAAGGUUGCCGCGAAGAAGCCCCCAAAGAAGACCGUCAAGCCAGCUGAUCCUCCCAAGACCGAAGUACCACCACGACAACCACCACCACCGCAGUCAGAAACUCCAGUCGAGCCACCAAAAACCAAAAAGCCUGUCGAUCCGCCGAACACUAGUGCCGCACCGCCACCUCCACUAACAUCACUCCGGGCACCCCCGCCACCGGGAAGUACGCAGGCUGGACCGUCAGCCAGCUCUUUAACGCCGUUACCAUCGAGUAGUACAGCUCCAUCAGUACCAGCUUCGCAAACAUAUCCGCUUUUCGGUACCCAGAUGCCCAGAUUCAAGUCCGUAUCGACCCUCUCGGCAAGUAUCCCAAUCUCUGUACCAUCAACCCUUUCAGGUUCAGUCAGUGCCUCAGUUAGCCUGCCAAAUUCUUGCUCCAAAACUCUCUGCACUCUGGCGUCUUCUUCUGCCACCCCUGCAUAUUCCGCCGCCAUUCCCGAAGAAACCUUCGAAUCUGAGCCCAUGAACGCCGGCUCUAUGACUGGCUCGGAGAUCCUUCAGAUGGCCGAGUCCAUCGCAUCGGAACAGAUCGUUGCUAUGGGAUUGUGGGAUCAGUUCUUUGCUGGAAUGGGGUUGUCGGCGGAGUCACCAGAUGAGGUAAUUGAAGGUGAUCCAACAGUGAGUGCGGGAAUGGGAUUGCCGAUGGAGACGGGUGGAGCGGGGGCUGUUGCGAACGGGACGUGGACUACACCGGUCUUGAGGGUGAGGAGCUGGGGCGAGGGAGAGGGGGAUGUAUGA